CGCCGACCACCUCGCUGUGCUCUCCGGGGUAAUACAGGUGGACCAGUGAGACGAAGCUUUGUGAAGAUGACAUGUGGUUAUAUUCUUCUUUCGUUGUGUUUGUUUUCAUCAUCUUUACCCCAUAUAUUUGGGGCGGAAGUGGCUUUCUGGAGCAUAGAAAUCGACGGUAAUUCACCAAAGGAUGCCAUUUUCCGUAAGACUUUGUAUUCAAACACUACCAUCUACUUGAAAUUUCAGGGAGACAGCAGGGAUUUGACAGCAUGUGAUCAGAAAAAAUUGGCCUUUAAUGUUAGUUGGUAUCUUCGUUCAUCUAUCUGUUACAAUGAAGUAUUCAGCAUCUCUGACAAUGAAGCAGAAACCAUGUUCGGUCGGAAUCACAGGCUAAAGAAAGACUGGAGUGGCUUCUAUAGCCAAGGCCACAUCUACUUCAAAGACUGUAAAGCUCUCUUCGCCCCAAAGAGUUACUAUAAAGAAUUUCAGCCGUUUCUGCCUCUCAGUCCCCAAGAGGGCAAGAGUGUAAAUCAAACGAAACAUGGGUGGGAAGAUAAGCCGUAUAUUAGUGCGGUUGCCAAAUCAUGGUCAGACAGUCCGUACCUGUUUAUUGUGCGGCUCCAAACACAACAACAUCCAGAAGCCAGUAGAGGGCGCAGAGAGUCAGGGGCUCAGGGUGCAACCAGUGAUUCAAAGGCCCAUUUACCAAUUACAAUGAUAGUACAAAUGAAGGGUUCUCAUGACUACUCUUCACCUGCUGACUGGCCUCUGAUGAUGUUCUUCAUGGCUAUGUGCAUUGUGUACGUGCUGUUCGGAGCACUGUGGCUUCUCUGGCUAGCCUGUUAUUGGCGUGACCUACUCAGGAUCCAGUUUUGGAUCGGCGCAGUAAUCGUCCUGGGCAUGCUGGAGAAGGCAGUGUUUUACUCCGAGUACCAAAGCAUCAGAUACCACGGAACUUACAACCAAAGUGCUGUUAUCUUUGCUGAACUGCUGUCUGCACUGAAAAGAUCCCUAGCCCGGAUCCUCUUGAUCAUAGUCAGUCUGGGUUAUGGCAUCGUGAAACCCAGGCUAGGGACUACAGUACCCAGGCUGGUGGCUGUAGGGCUGCUUUAUCUGAUCUUCUCCUCUGUGGAAGGCAUCCUCAGGGUUACAGGGGGUUUCUAUGGCCAAGUGGCUCUUAUUGCCAAUAUCAGUCUCUCUCUUAUUGAUUCCUGUGUCAUAUGGUGGGUUUUUAUCAGUCUGUCUCAAACGACUCGGCUCCUGAAGCUGCGCAGAAAUGUAGUGAAGCUCUCAUUAUACCAACACUUCACCAACACGCUCAUUUUCUCUGUGCUGGCAUCAAUCGUAUUCAUCAUAUGGACAACCAGACAAUUUAAGUUUGUGGACUGUCAGUCAGACUGGAAAGACUUGUGGCUGGAUGAUGCUUUCUGGAGGCUGCUUUUUUCCACCAUCUUGCUGGUCAUCAUGGUGCUGCUACGACCCUCUGUCAAUAGCCAAAGAUUUUCUCAUUCUCCACUUAUUGAUGAUGAUGCCGAAGAAGAUGAUGCAAAGGAGCCUAUGUUAAAUGAAGCCUUUGAGGGAAUGAAAAUGAGAGGCACAAAGUCUGAGGCAAACUCCAGUCAGAAACUCCUCAGCAAAGAGACCUCCCACGAUGAAGACCUGAAAUGGGUGGAAGAGAACCUUCCUACAACUGUAAUUGAUAUACCUUUGCCUGUGGUGUUGGAUGAUGAAGAGGAACUUCUCAAAGCCAAGUUGGAGAGGUCCAAGAUGGACUAGGACAAUGGCAAAAAAUCAUGAUUGUUAUUUCAUCAGUGUAGCUAAGGACUUUCUCAAUAAUACAAAAUGUUUAGUUCAGACCCAUGACCGAAAGCAGUUUAUUUAUAUGAGCACAAAAAGUGGAAAUGGGUCUUGGGCCUGCUGUGGAACUUCAAAUAAAUGUUCUGGCAAUUCUAAUUCUUAACUUAUAAUUUUGGCAAAUAUUGGUAUUCAGGUUGUGCAUCCCACUUACUUGAAGGCAUUGCAGCCAUUCUUUAGACGUGCACUGAGAGUUUAAAUGGGAUAUAAUUUGAAAAUUUGACUUUUACCGAUGUAAGCCUACGAGUGCUACAUUUCUGUAGGCUGCUGUUAAUAACUGUAGAACUGUCCUCAUGGUGAAAUAUUUUGCUCCUCUUUCUCAUAUUUUACAUCAAGCUCAGGCUUACUGUAUACUUCAGUACUUAAGAUUUAUUUAACUACACUUUAUGGAAAUAUUGCUGUUCAUUACAACAGAGGUCUAUAAUUGACUAGAAAUUACCUGACAAAAGUUUAUUAAAAUAUAUGUAUGAUGAUUUUCAUAGUACCUCACUAGAUGUUUCAUAUACAGUCCUCAUAACACCCUGAUCGUGAAGAUAAUAUAGCAGCUUUAAGACUCCUCUGCUAAGAAGACAUGCUAGCAAUCCACUCGACUUACAUGUUCAUAUACGAGUUUAAAUCUUUGGCCAAAUUUGCACAACAUACUCGCUCACAAAAUGCCUUCCUACUACAACUUGGCUACAAUUCAGGUAAUUUGAAAUAAGCAUUGAUUAUGCCUAUUAAUUUUGCAUAAAAAAGCUUAUGUAUAGAUAUUUUUACACAAGAGAAGUGUUAUUUUAUGCUUAAAAUAUUUGUUUAUGGACUUUUUUUAUUGCCUUAGCUGCAAACAGGAGACCAAUGCAAGGGGAAAAAAAUCAAUAUCAAUUGUCUUCCUGUUCGUACUGACAGUCUGAACAUAUCCUCCACUGGGAUUCCCAGUAACCUAAAGAACGGCGGAAGCCCUAUUUAAUGAUGUCUUUUACAUGGCUGUAAAUCUCGACCUUCAGUAACUGGCUGAAGCUUCUGUAACCAGUCCUCCAAUAAUGAAGCCUCAUGCAAAAGUCCCUUUAUUCUUUUCCUCUUGCUGUGUUGAUCUAAACUUAAGGUGAUUUGGGCCCGCUUUGCACUUUUAUACAUGCCACAGAGCAUGGUUGAAUGUAAAAAGUAUCUGCACUCAUUCUUACAGGUUUUCCUUUAGUUUGUCGCCUUGCUUUUAUUUUGAAAGAUAAGAGCAUAAGUUCUUGAAGUGUCAAGGUGUGAUUUGAAUUAUAUUAAAUGAUUUUAUCUUUUGCCAAUA